UAAAAUUCUUUGAGUUCUAUUUUUGCAGUUUCUGUUUGCAUACGUUCGCUGAUUAUUUUCUAAGUGCACCGGAGGUUUUGUGACUAUCUGAUGUGUGUUUUAAUCAGCGUAGAUAGUAGCGGGCAAUUUGAUACUGGAUUUGGUGACCGUACCAGUGCCCAAUUUUGUGUACUUCAGAUAGGCCUACCACUUUUUGUUGCGGCAUGUGCACGUAGGUCAGGACUUCCCACCAACAGAGGACGGUGUAUUACAAGCAAGUGCACGUUUUUAGCUGAAAGUACAUGUCCUUCGAGUAUUUUCUUGUGGACAAAACAGACAUUUCAGAGACUACACACGUCCAGUGAGCUGGGAUACUAAAAAUGUCAGUGUGGCUGACGGUGGUUGCCGUAGUGCUGUCGGGGUUCAUCUUGUCUAUAUGGCGUCUGCGGAGGUUUAUAGCCGGAGGACGGUGCUACAGCGAAGCCCGUCUGGACGGUAAGGCGGUCAUCAUCACGGGAGCAAACACCGGCAUAGGCAGGGAGACGGCAAGAGAUCUCGCUAGGAGAGGUGCACGAGUGAUUCUGGCAUGUCGAGACGUGGCCAAGGCUACGGAAGCCAGAGCUGACAUACGAAGGGCGACCUCUAGAGGCCAGUUGGUGAUUCGCAAGUUAGACCUGGCCUCUCUGGCCUCGGUGAGGGCGUUCGCUGACAAGAUCAAGGAGGAGGAGUCCCAGCUGCACAUUCUGAUCAAUAACGCAGGCGUGAUGAUGUGUCCUCGGCAGUCAACGGAAGACGGCUUUGAGAUGCAGUUUGGUGUCAACCAUCUGGGCCCUUUCCUUCUGACUAACCUCCUGUUGGAUCUCCUCAAGUCUUCAGCCCCAGCCCGCAUCGUCAACGUGUCCUCCGUGGCUCACGGCAGCGGCAAGAUUCACUGGGACGACGUGAACAUGACCACCGAGUACGACCGCUUCGACGCGUACGGUCAGAGCAAGCUCGCCGUCGUGCUCUUCACGCGGGAACUGAGCAGACGACUCGAAGGUACGGGAGUGACAGCCAACUGCCUACACCCGGGCGUGGUUCAGACCGAGCUCUUCCGUCACAUCAUGGAGGAGAAACCAGACGGCGUGAUCGGUCUGGCCAUGCGCCUUAUCAGCCUCACCCCGGGCUUCUUCUUCAAGAGUGCCGUUGAGGGCGCCCAGACCUCCAUCUACUGCGCCGUGGCCCCGGAACUGGCCGAAAUUUCGGGGAUGUACUUCGCUGACUGUGCUCCGAGAAUGCCGUCCGCUGGAGCACAGAACGAGGAGGAGGCCCGCCGUCUAUGGGCGCUGAGUUACCGCAUGGUGGGCUUGGAGAGAAGAGUGGACUGGAAGAAGGAAGCGACACGUCACAGCUCAAAAGAUUGAACAUCUCAUGGUCAUGUUUCGUCUUGAUACAAACAAGCUUGUCGAAUCUACUUUAGAAAAUAAAGUAAACCAUGUGCCCGUCCCCGUUAUCCCAUUUAACAAUGUUCAAAGGCAUAAUUAUAGGAUCGUUUGCUUUAAUCCCGAAUUUACGUAACCUACCGAAUUAUGUUAAAUCAGAUUACUUGGAUUAAAUAUUUAACUGGUACUAAACACCCCGUGAUGUUAUUCCGUCUGGCUUCUGUCAUUUAGGACAAAUCA